GGUGUGCAGCGGCUCGUGUUCAGAGGCAGGCGGCUGCCUCACUUCCCGCUGAUUGGCCGCUGAUCGGUGCCCUUUCAUUGUCCGGGUCUAUACUUGGUAACCGCUUGACGCUGCUGCGCCAUGUCAGCGCUCCCUUUGGCGACCGUUUUUUUGUUUCUUUUCUGUUGUCGGUCUCGUAAAAAAAUGAUCUACUUCUCCUUGCUCUGCCCCUCUUCGUCAGUUUGUCGUUCGAAGUUGUCACCUGGAGGCAAGAAUACGGGAGAGAUUCAAAGUGCAUGCUUAUUCAACUUCUUACAGCCUGUUGAGCUUCUAGCAGUAAGCAACUUUGGUGGUUGAACAGGUUUUGAAUGUGAGGACUGGCUUCUAGUCUGCAUUGUGGUACGAGUCUGGCGAGCCUGGAGGACAAUUGCAUCGUCUCAAUAACUGUCU